AUGUCCAUUGUCCAUCGCCCACGGAAUCAAGUAAUCCUCCUCCACGCCAACAUCCCAGUCCUCCUCCACACCAAUGUCCCAGUCCUCCUCCACGCCAAUGUCCCAGUCCUCCUCCACAACAAAUCUGCACAAAAUGUUAUCACAAAGAUUGCAGGGGCCGUUAUUCCUGAAGGGGCGUCUGCAGCGGGGGAAGUGGGGAAGGUGGUAUCUGGGAGGGUAACCGCCAGUCAUGCCCGUAUGCUGUCUCCAGCCAUGCACACCCGUCCAGGGUCUCUGCGCAAUCUCCCCAAAGCCACAGCAGACCUGAAAGAACUUGCAGUGGCUCCAGCAGCUGAACAACGAAUGCCAAUGACUCCCAUAAAUCUCGGGGACCGCUCACGCUCUGUUCAGCGGCUGCUACGUUGCAGGACGUGCCUGGGUUCGUUGUCAAACGUGCUGCUCAUGCCGUUCAUCAAUGAGGCGACUGGUGUUGCGACUCGUGAUGACAUUGACAAGACACUCAGGUUGGGCAUGGCGCAUCCUACGGGCUGUUACAAUUGGCAGAGGCUCUACAAGGGUACCUCAGAUUCCAAGCAUCGCCCUUCGGUGUUACUCGAGCGCAUGGCGGACGCUCAGUAUCUUGAAAAGAAGAACUAUCAUUUGUUAUACAUGGCUUGGCUAACUACCGCUCCGGCCACGGCUAAAGCCGGAGAUAAACUCAAACUGCGGCAACACUACUCACGGUCUUGGAUUAGAAACAAAUGUAUCGGUGGUAUCAACCCGACUAAAAUACACAGACAAACAGUAUGCUGGUACCCGCCGACCCAUUACCGAAGAAAACGAGGAGUCAUCACCGCGGGCCUGCCAUUAAAGACGCAGUCGAAGCAAGAACAGAGCAAUGCAAUAAAUCAUGCGAUAGGACAGCGAGGGAAUGACAGCAAGCAGACAGCACUACUGCAGAAAAUUGGAGUCUUCUUGCGCAUCAACUUGAUAGCCUGGUGCAAUGCUACCUCAGCCCAUGUGUAG